UUCGCUUCUCGGGCCGACCUGCCCUCAGCUGUAGCAGCGCUCCGCCUCCUGGCUCCUGCAGCCGGGACGGGCAACGCCGGGUGACAGGAGCGCGAGAAUUAAGCGGGUGGGAAGGUGUGAGCCGCAAACCCAGAGGAGGGCGGGAAGGAGGAAGAGGAGGACCCGGGGGUGGUCAGGGGGACUGGGGAUCCCGCCGGCAGAGGUCCCUUGGCCGCCUGACUAACGGGCUGAUUGACUGCAGCGGCUUCGGGUCCGGACGCUCGGAGCGGGGCGGCGCGGUGAGCUGAGCCAUGGCCUCAGGUGGUAAUGAACCACGUAUAGAGAUAAUUGAACAACCCAGGCAGAGGGGAAUGCGUUUUAGAUACAAAUGUGAAGGGCGAUCAGCAGGCAGCAUUCCAGGGGAGCACAGCACAGACAACAACCGAACAUACCCAUCUAUCCAGAUUAUGAACUACUAUGGAAAAGGAAAAGUGAGAAUUACAUUAGUAACAAAGAAUAUCCCACAUAAACCUCAUCCUCAUGAUUUAGUAGGAAAAGACUGCAGAGAUGGCUACUAUGAAGCAGAAUUUGGACAAGAACGCAGACCUUUGUUUUUUCAAAAUUUGGGUAUUCGAUGUGUAAAAAAAAAAGAAGUAAAAGAAGCUAUUAUUUCAAGAAUAAGGGCAGGAAUCAAUCCUUUCAAUGUCUCUGAGCAAGAGCUGCUUGAUAUUGAAGACUGUGACCUCAAUGUCGUGAGAUUAUGUUUUCAAGUUUUCCUCCCUGACGAACGUGGUAAUUUGACAACUGCUCUACGUCCUAUUGUCUCUAACCCAAUUUAUGACAACCGUGCUCCUAAUACUGCAGAACUAAGGAUCUGUCGUGUAAACAAGAACUGUGGAAGUGUCAGAGGAGGAGAUGAAAUAUUUCUACUCUGUGACAAAGUUCAGAAAGAUGACAUAGAAGUUCGGUUUGUGUUGAACGAUUGGGAAGCAAAAGGUAUCUUUUCACAAGCUGAUGUACACCGUCAAGUAGCCAUUGUUUUCAAGACUCCACCAUAUUGCAAAGCUAUAACGGAACCGGUAACAGUAAAAAUGCAGUUGCGAAGACCUUCUGACCAGGAAGUUAGUGAAUCUAUGGAUUUUAGAUAUCUGCCAGACGAAAAAGAUACAUAUGGCAAUAAAGCAAAGAAACAAAAAACAACUCUCCUUUUCCAGAAACUGUGGCAGGAUUGUGGAGUUAAUUUUCCUGAAAGACCUAGACCUAGUCCCCUAGGAUCAACUGGAGAAGGAAGAUUCAUCAAAAAAGAACCAGUCUUGUUUUCGCAUGGUGCAGUUUUGACAGAAACGUCCGGGCCAGUUUCAAGUCAAGCAGAAUCCUACUAUUCCUCAUCUGCGCCCAUCUCCAGUGCAUUGCCACAUCAUGCUUCGGCCAUACCCACAAUGGUACCUCAGCCUUCUUCAAGCUGGUCAUCAGUGGCCCACGCCACCUCACGUUCAGUCAAUACAAAUUCACUGAGUAGUUUUUCGACAGGGACGCUUUCCUCUAAUUCACAAGUUAUCCCACCAUUCCUGGAAAUGUCUGUUGUGAGUGAUUUGAAUGUGUCUAAUGCUUGCAUUUAUAACAAUACUAAUGACAUAGGCAGAAUGGAAGCAUCAUCCGUGUCACCAGCUGACUUAUAUGGUAUUUCUGAUGCCAGCAUGCUGCCUAAUUGCCCUGUGAACAUGAUAACGCCCAGUAAUGACAGCAUGAGGGAGACUGAUAAUCCAAGACUUGUGAGCAUGAAUCUUGAAAAUCCUGCCUGUACUUCAGUGUUAGACCCAAGAGACUUAAGACAGCUCCAUCAGAUGUCCUCUUCCAGGAUGUCAGCAGUCGCCAGUUCUAGUACUACUGCUUUUGUUUCACAGUCAGAGGCAUUUGAGGGAUCUGACUUUAAUUGUGCAGAUAACAGUAUGAUAAAUGAGUCAGGACCAUCAAACGGUACUAAUCCAAACAGUCAUAGUUUUGUUCAAAAUAGUCAGUAUUCAGGUAUUGGCAGUAUGCAGAAUGAACAAUUGAGUGACUCAUUUGCAUUCGAAUUUUUUCAGGUUAACUUGUAAGAUAUAAAUGGUGAUUGAAGAAUUAAAUCCCUUUAAAGGUAACCCUUUUGAUAUUACCUUUAUAAAUACAACAUUAUAUAUUUCUCUAAGACUAUACUACAGUAUAUCGUGGACCCUUGAACAACACGGGUUUGAACUGUGCGGGCAGGUCCAGUUAAUACUCACAUUUUCUUCACUAAAUAUGUAGUGCAGUACUACACGAUUUGAGGUUGGUUGAAUUCAUGGAUGCAGAAGACAUCCAUGGAGACAGAGGGCCGACUGUACGGUUUUUUUUUUUUUUUUUGGUGGUACGCGGGCCUCUCACUGUUGUGGCCUCUCCCGUUGCGGAGCACAGGCUCCGGACGCGCAGGGUCAGCGGCCGUGGCUCAUGGGCCCAGCCGCUCCGCGGCAUGUGGGAUCUUCCCGGACCGGGGCACGAACCCGUGUCCCCUGCAUCGGCAGGCAGACUCUCAACCACUGCGCCACCAGGGAAGCCCGAGUGUACAGUUUUAAACACAGAGUUUUCACUGCACGGAGCGUCUGCACCCCAACCCCCGUGUUGUUCAAGGGUCAACUGUAAGUAUAACUUCAGGUAUGUAGGGGAUUCCUCUAACAGGCAGUCUUGUCUUGGGAGCUUCUUGUUUUGCUGGCAGAGAAUUUGUUGGGAUAUAAAAGAUGAAUGCUCAGUGCUUGAAGCUGCAGCUAAAAGAGAAGGAUGAACUCAUUUCCCAACUUCAGGAAGAGUUAGAAAAAGUCCAGCAUUUACAGAAGACUUUUGCUUCAAAAGUAGAUUAAUCCACACAGACUGAACUCCUAGGCUAUGAUGCAUUGUGGAAUCCUACAUACAAAGAAAAUUUAUGUAAACCAGUGUAUGAUGAAUCUGUGACAUGUUAAAUACUGAAUAAAAUCAAUUUUUCCAUUAAAAAAAUCCAACUUUGGGUAUGUAGAAUACAAAGUUGGAAAGUCAUAAAAGGAAAAUUCCAAAAUAGAAAUUUAAAAGAGCUUUACUGUUUCUUCUUUUGAAACAUGUGAUCUGAUACUGUGUGUGGUGGGAAUUCUAGCAUGAGAAUCCUGCCACAUUUUCCCAGGACAGACUGAGGAGAACAAUAGAGCAAGCCUUCAGUUUUUCCAGCUACAUCGUUUUAUACUUCUUUUAUAAUGUAUUAAUGUAUUCUUAGUUAAAUGAAUUAACUGAUAUUUGCUUUUAAGCAAAUUUAAGGUAAAACCUGUAAUG